AAGAUGGCUGCUGGGUUAGAUGGUGACUUCUUGGCUCUUGCAACAGGAAGAUGGUAACGCUGAGGUUGAUGUGGGGACUCCUGGUCCUGUGUGUGGUGGCAGCCUCUCCCCGCAGAUACAUCCGACAAGCAGAACUAGAUAACUACGACAACAACAAUGUGGAUUUAGACCUGAAUGUGGAUAGCGAUGAUGUCUAUGACUAUUACGAUGGAAUUGAUGAACCACAGAUAGAGAUUGGCACCUUGAGCCCUGAUGAGGACAUUGAUCUUUCACAUCAUGCCUCAUUGGAGGAAGAAGAAGAGGAGGAAGAAUUACCCAUAAAGCCUCAGCUUAUUCCAACUGGCUCUGGGGAGUCCGGGACUCUGAUGGGCCCUAGUGCACAGGGAGAGGAGGAGCUUCGUCUGACGCCCAUUGACAUCCUUCAGAUUUCUGGGGACAUUUCGGGUUCUGGUGACUUGGGCUCUGGAGACUUAUUUGACGACAAAGCAUCCGGUUCUGGAGAGCCUUUGGGCUCUGGAGGUUCUGGGACCUCUGGUGACAUAUCAGGUUCUAUGGACUCAGAGGACCUUGGUUCUGGAGUCUCUGGGCUUUUUGGUUCAGGCAUAAUAUUGAUCUCAGGUGGAGAGGAGGAGCUCCACUUGACGCUUGAAACCAUUCCACACGAGGCCUCUGGGGAUUUUGGGGAGUCUGGAAUCUCUUGGGUGUCUGGAGCUUCUGGGUUACCUGAGUUGUCAGGAGAGCCUUCAGCCUCUGGGGUUCUUGAUGUAUCUGGAGAGCCUGUGGCUUCUGGGGUACUUGAGGUAUCAGGAGAGCCUGGGGCCUCUGGAGUACCUGAGCUGUCAGGAGAGUCUGGGGCCUCUGGGGUACCUGAGGUGUCAGGAGUAUCUGAGGUUCCAGAGAUUUCAGGAGAGUCUGGGCUCUCUGAGGAGACAGAGUGUUUCGGAGAGUCCGGGACCUCUGGGGUGCCUGAGACGUCUGGAGAGCCUGUGAUCUCUGGGCUGCCUGAGGCGUCUGGAGAGCCUGUGAUCUCUGGGCUACCUGAGGUGUCUGGAGAGCCUGAGAUCUCUGUGCUGCCUGAGGUCCCUGAAAAGCCUGGACCCUUUGAUGUGUUUGGAGGGUCUGGGGUCCCCGAAGAGUCUAAACAGCCUGAGGUCACUUUGGAGUCAGGAGAGUCUGGGAUCCCAGAGGAGUCUGGGGUGACUGAGGCCCUAGUCGUCACCACUGAAAUAUUAACUCCUGAUUUAGAUGAAGAGGAGGAGAUACUCCUAACUACCCCGACCACUCCCUUGGAGGGGACUGGGGGUGAUAUAGGGUCAGGGGUACCUGCUAUUGACAAAGAUAUUGACACAGAUACAACAGGUAUGGGUACCUGUAUGCUCUGCACCUGCCUGGUCGGAUCUGUGUACUGUGAUGACCUGAAGCUGGACCAUGUUCCUCCCCUCUCCAAAGAAACCACUCAUUUCUAUGCCCGCUACAACAAAAUUGCUAGGAUCGGCAAGUUUGACUUCGCCAACCUGAAUAAAUUAAAGAGGAUCGAUCUGACUAGCAAUGGCAUAUCCAGGAUUGAUGAUGAUGCUUUCUUUGGCCUUCCUGCUCUGGAGGAGUUGGUAUUACGAGAGAAUAGUAUUAGACAACUUCCUGCUCUGCCACCCUUUAUGACCCUUAUUGAUGCCUCUCUCAACCAGCUGGGCAGCACUGGCAUUCAGAGAGAAGCUUUCAAGGACAUGCCAAGGCUACUUUACCUUUACUUGACAAACAACAACAUAGACCACAUCCCGGUUCCUUUGCCUGACAGUCUGCGCUCUCUGCACCUACAGAAUAACAAUAUCCAAAUGAUGCAUGAGGACACCUUCUGCAAUCCACAUGACUUGAAUUACAUCCGCAACGCUCUUGAGGACGUUCGCCUGGACGGUAAUCCCAUCAACCUCAGCAGAACCCCACAGGCCUACAUAUGUUUGCCACGUAUCCCCGUUGGUGCCCUUAUUUAAGCUGAGAAAACGCACACUCAAAUGCACGCGUACAAAACUCACACGUAUGCACAAACUCCUCUGUGAGUACCUCUCUCUCUCUCUUUUUUUUUUUAAACUUUGGGCUCAAGCAAACACUUGGAUAUGAAUGGCUGUCUUUAAAGGAGCUUGGCAUAAAUACAUAAACUCACACUCACAGGAGUUCUGGUGGACACUUCCAACUCUACGCUGCUUGUGUUUCUACCUUUUUACACAGUACAUACUUUUCAUAAUGUAGGUGGUUUGUAAUCAUAUCUGGAUUUAUGACGUCUCAAAAA